CUUCCGUUAGUUCCAUCACAGACAAAUGUACAAUCGAUCCAAAAUAUGAAUUUCACCCUGAAUUUUAGUCCUUCCUCUUGGACUUCCUAAAGACCCUUUCUCACAACAAAUCCAACAACCCUUUUCCCUCCUUUUUCCCUUUUCAAGUCCACCCCAGAUCUACAAAAAAUUCCCAACUCCUCCAAGAAAGGGUUGAAUUCUUGGAGGAAAAAAAUGUCAACACUGGUGGCAAAUUUUAACUUAGGUGGUGAAGAGGUAAAGAAACCUUUGGACUCUAAAGUAGAAUCUGAUAUGGUUUCCAAGAACUUGAGCAAUGGCAAUCUUGAUAGCUCCCAGAAUAGUCUGCAAUCAAAGCCAUUCAGGAUCUUCAUCGGGUAUGAUCCCCGUGAGGAUAUUGCUUAUGAAGUUUGUAAGUACUCAUUGCUGAAGAGAUCUUCAAUUCCUAUUGAGAUCACCCCAAUUAAGCAAUCUGAAAUAAGGGAAAAGGGUCUUUAUUGGCGUGAACGAGGAAAAUUAGAGAGCACUGAAUUUUCAUUUUCGCGUUUUUUGACUCCUCUUUUGGCUAAUUAUGAAGGUUGGGCCAUGUUUGUUGAUUGCGAUUUUCUGUAUCUUGGUGAUAUAAAGGAGUUAACUGAUUUGGUUGAUGAUAAGUAUGCAAUAAUGUGUGUGCAACAUGAUUACACCCCUAAAGAAACAAUAAAAAUGGAUGGUUCUGUGCAGACGGUUUAUCCGAGGAAGAAUUGGUCUUCCAUGGUUUUGUACAAUUGUGGGCAUCCUAAAAACAAGGUCUUGACUCCUGAGGUUGUGAAUUCUGAGUCAGGGGCGUUUCUGCAUAGGUUUCAGUGGUUGGAGGAUGAUGACAUUGGGGAGAUUCCCUUUGUGUGGAAUUUUCUAGUGGGCCAUAACAGGGUUGUUGAGGGUGAUCCGAGCACAUUCCCUAGGGCAAUACACUAUACAUCAGGAGGACCAUGGUUUGAGGCAUGGAAGGAUUGUGAGUUUGGAGACCUGUGGUUGAAAGAGCUUGAGGAGUACAAAGAAGCGAAAGACAAAAGUUUAGUUUAGCUUAUUCUUUGCCAAGGAAGUAGCUUAAAUUGUACUGGAUGCCAUAGUUGAUUGAACUGUUUUUUUUUUUGUGGCAUUUAUUUUAUCGAUUCUUAUAUGAUUGUUGUUCUGCCUAUUGAUGGGCACUAGUUACAUAGAUUACUGGCUUCUGCCAGUUGGAUGUACCAUAUGUAUCGCCCUGCUUGUAGCAGUGUUCUAAAGCAGUGUAAUGUAACUUUUCUCAUAAUGAUUAGAUGUGGUGGAAUAUGCACAAGUUUGAUGUCUUUGCAAUUGGUUCUGCUUAGGUAGAGUUAUCAUGAACCUGUGGCUUAAUUGUCUCGGGAAUGUGGUUUAAACAACGUUCCAAGAUCUUGUAGGUGGCGUGUAAAUGAAAUUGGCUACUAAGGAUGGGUUGGUUUGAGGGGAGCUCUGAUUAAUGGUGUCUGUUCUGGUUUGUAGAAAAAUCAAAUACCACCCUGCUUCUUCGACGUUGUUUCCUUGGCAUCUAUGGUAACACAAUUGUAAUCCUUUGUAUGAUACAUGGAAGUGUAUAUCCUUUGACAAGUCAAUUGAAGCUGUCAUGGCAGCUUCAGCACCCUACAGUUGGGGAUUUGGUCAGGAAACUGUCACUUCUGUGUAACCAUCAAGCAAUAACUCUGAGAAAUUGGUGAAAGGUGUCUUUGAUGAUUCCUUUUCAGAUGGAGAAACGUAAUGAUACGAUUUGGAUU